AUGGCGAGCCCGGUCUCGAGUCAGCAUAGCGACCCCGGGCGGUUACAAUUGCAUGUCGCAGUCCGUCUCGGGUGCUGGUAUGGCCUGGGUGCGUUGCACCAGGACGGCCUGGGGCGAACCCAGGUCAUUACGACCCCAGCUUGCACCCAACACGUAACUGUUGCAUACACUUGGCCGGCAACGCCCCCAGAGGGUGUACAGGCCGUUGCAAUCACGCACCCGCCGUGCUGGUGCGCCUCGCGGGCGAACCAACUUAUUCCGAUUCGUCCGGACUCUACCAGUACCAAGAGUCCCCAGCAGACCAAAGCGAGCCAACCCCAGGGUUCUGUGGAAUCAGCUUCAACACCUAAUUCCACGCAUCAAGCCUGGCUGCCUGAGCAGCCGCUAUCAACAGCGGCGAGUGGCCGCCGUCGGGAGUUGGAGAACCCUUGGUCAUUCUCCGACUUCAGCGCUCCAGCAUGCUUCAGCAGGCCACCGGCCAUUCACAAUUACCUGAUCAUUGCCUCAGGAACUUCUUACAAACACCAUUGCCAAUCAAAAUUCCGUCAGCAGUACAAAAAUCCGGACCCGGUGAUCAAGUUAUCGACCAUGGACGACGAAAUGCGCUUGAUCAACUUCAUCAGCAGUAUACCACAAGACGUAAAUCCUUAUGAAGCAACGAUUGGAUAUCUGGAAGUGGCCACAACGCCUCCAACCCUGCCACAUUGGGCCCGUUUGACUUUGAGAUUUUUUAUAGGCUGCUACGCUUUAAUGUGGCUUCAAAGCUUUUACUUGUUGUAUGUCCGGUUCAAAACCAGGACGUUUAGGGUGAUAACCGUAACUCGUCUUGGCCUGUGGAGAGUUGAUGUGCCCAAUAUGUCCGGCUUGGCUUAUUUUCUCUAUCCGCCGCUGGUUAUUGCUGAUUUAACGCUUCAGCAGAAGAUUGAUGAAGGGGAAAGAGAUUUGACAAAUAAGCAUCUUGCUUUCAUUUGGGUUUGCGCUUGCCAAUGUCUGUCUAAUUAUUGGGAUGACCAGUGGCCAGAAGCAACAAGGCAUGGUCGGACGGUUCCAUUGCCACGUUAUGUGGUGAUUACAAUGAAUACCUUAUUCGUCUGUGUGCUGACUUGGAUCAUACCCUGCGUUAUCAUCUUGACCACUCAAUCCAACGAAGAAUACAAGAUCAUACGACGGAUUCUCGGCGAGAUUCUUGCAGUUCUGGAAGACUACAGAUCUAAAUAUGAUCCGAAUACCUAUCAAUCUUCUAGGCUCAUAGCUGCGUUACUCCCAGCUAGGGAAAUAUUAUUGCAUGAGAAAAAUAUGGCUCGCUACUUGCGCACGGCUCUUAUUAUUGGCUUGUCGAACCUAUUAUUGCUGUGUCUGUUGUAUGCACCUUUGUUGAAGAAUUCUAUCGGAGCAAUUCAGCGACGCACAGAGGAGUGCACGUUCGCAGUGGCAAUAUCUCCCUUUGACCAAUCAGGGGCGCAGUUUGCACAUAUCAAGCAUCGAGUGAGGCAGGAGUAUUGGACUUCUUUUAUCCAUGGACUGGCAGUCUAUAUGACCGCGCUGGCACUCGUUCCGAUAUUGAUCUGGCAGGGAAUGCAUGGCCCGUUUGCAAUCAGUGGUAAUGCGAUUGAGCUUCUGUUGAACCUCCAGGCUAGAAGGCUACUAGACCUCUAUCGCAUCCAACAAAAUGCAUCCCGCACGAUCUCACGAAACGGCACCAGCCAAUUACAUCUUGAAGUCAGCUCAACUGAGAGUGCAGGUGUCACAGAUACUGCUCAUCGAGACCCGUUGUCCCUGGAUGAAUUGCAGGCUUCCAAAAAAUCGAUGAUUUAG